GUCCCCGUCAAUCCCAAGCCAUUCUUGAACAAUCUUACAGGCAAUACUGUUAUUGUCAAACUUAAAUGGGGUGACGAAUACAAGGGCUAUCUUAUUUCAGUUGAUGCCUAUAUGAACCUUCAGCUGGCCAAUACAGAAGAGUUCAAGGAUGGUGUAUCAGUUGGUGUAUUGGGCGAAGUUAUGAUUAGAUGCAACAACGUACUUUACAUCCGAGGUGUUGAUGAAGAUAAACAAGAUGUUAAAAUGGAAUAA